UCAGAAAAAUGAGAAAUUAUAUCCCAUCUGACAUGUAUGGUAUGUCAAGAUCAGCGUACUGUCUUGUAACUAAAACAAAUACAUAAAUAAAUAAAAAAGAAAAAAAGAAGUGAAAACCUUUUAUAGAUCUCUUUAUAGAUUGAGUAGGAUAAUAAUGAUGAAAUAAAAACAAAAUAAGUGCAGCAUGACUCCAUUUCAGUUUAUAUGGACUGAGUGCGUAGCUUCUGAGUAAGAAAACAUUGCAUAAUAUUUUAUAGUUUUCUAAAUGUGUAAAAUGGCUUUAAUUUAGUAUUUUGUAAAGAUCUGCAGGCAUUUGUUUCCCUAUAUUCUGUGUAUUUGUAUUUAAUAUUACACACUUGGUUUUUGUGAAAAUGUUCCUGCAUUAACUCUAUACCAUAAAGUUUCACUAUUCUGUGGCCAAAAUUUGCCUAGUGAACUUGUGAAGGAAUUCCCUUUGGACUAGGUCCAUUAUACAUAGUAUCCAGGACUAAUGUUAGUGCCUAAAUUGCAGUGUUUCCCAUGGGGCUAUCUGCUUCCCUCAGAAUCGGCCCAUUGCUACUAGAAAAUCACUAUCAACUGUGAUUCUCAUCAAAGAUGUCAGUGGUAUGUUGGAAUUCAUUUUCUGUGUAUAUUUUAGUGCUAUAAAUUGCCAUUCCAAAUUAGACUUGCUUUUAGUAUAUCAUUUUACACCGUUGAUCUAUUAUUUAUUACUUGAGCACAUGAAGACUGGCAAUGUUGUGAGGUGUACACGGGUAAACUACUUGGUGAAAGCAUGCUUUGUAUUUUUAACAUGUAUAAUUGUAUUAAGAUCAAGCAAGCUUAGUUUUGUGCCUGGUUUUCUUGUUUGAAAAUGGAUUUUGUUACCUGGGGGUUGCAGUUGAUGACAUUUUGAUAUUAAUAUGUUUGCUGCUGCUACAAAGAGCUUUGUCAAGCAAGUUGGAGAUGGAGGGAGAUUAGUUCCAGUUCCAAGCCUCAGUGAAGCUGACAAAUACCAACCUCUCAGUCUGGUGGUAAAAAAGAAGCGAUGCUUUCUGUUUCCUAGAUAUAAAUUUACCUCAACACCUUUUACACUGAAAGAUAUUCUCCUAGGAGACAGAGAAAUUUCAGCUGGUAAGUGUAAAUGUUUGGGAGUGACUACUCAUGGAACUGUUAUUAGUAACCUAAACAGAGGUCCUAUGUACUAUUUAUACUAGUAAUACAUAUUUUCAAUGAAAAAAAGCAACUAUUAUAAUGAAAGUAAUGAUAUUUUUGAGAUGAACAAUGUCUAAAGUUUAUAUAAUAUCAAAUCUCUUAUUGAAUACUUUUAAAGUCUAUUAAUUAUUUUAUAAGUUGUUUUAAUCAAAAUCAACUUAGAAAAAGACAUAGUAUUUUUUCCUCUGUAAAUUAGUGUAUUAUUUGAUCUUAUCUCUUACAUAAUCAAAUGAGAUAAAAAUAAUUUGAAUUUUGUUUACAAUUCAGUUAUUACACUUGGUAAACUGAAAUGUCUUGAUUAAAAAGUUAAUUGACAUUUUGAUAAGUUACUGCUUCUAAACACCUGUUUAUAUUUCAAUACCCUAGUACAUCUUGAUAUUUAAGAAAUUUUGUUGACUGAACAGAUAAUUUGAUUUCAUUUGAAAUAUUUGGCUAUUUGUUUUUUGUUAUUGUAAAAUUGAACAGCUAUUUUAAUUUUGGCCUGAAAUGUUGCUUUUUUUAAUGAGAUUGGAUCUUGAAUUGCAAAUUAACAUGUUACUUUAUAUAAUCUAUAUAAGCUGAAUUGGAGACAUUUAAAAAUACUAGUUUCUUUUCAUAAAGGUAUUUCAUCUUAUCAAUUACUGAAUUAUGAAGAUGAAUCAGAUGUUUCACUUUAUGGAAGGCGAGGCAACCAUAUUGUAAAUGACGUUGGGAUUAAUGUUACUGGAUCAGAUUCCAUUGCAGUAAAAGCUUCAUUUGGUGUAGUAACCAAACAUGAAGUGGAAGUAUCAACAUUACUCAAAGAAAUUACUACACGGAAAAUUAACUUCGAUCACAGCUUGAUACGUCAGUCACGGAGCAGCAGAAAGGCUGUGCUUUGCGUGGUCAUGGAAAGCAUUCGAACCACACGACAGUGCUCCCUGUCUGUUCAUGCAGGCAUUCGAGGAGAAGCCAUGCGGUUUCAUUUUAUGGAUGAACAGAAUCCCAAGGGAAGGGACAAAGCUAUUGUUUUUCCAGCACAUACAACCAUAGCGUUCAGUGUUUUUGAACUCUUCAUUUACUUGGAUGGUGCCUUUGACCUUUGUGUCACUUCAGUGUCAAAAGGAGGAUUUGAAAGGGAAGAAACAGCAACGUUUGCACUGCUCUACAGACUGAGAAAUAUACUAUUUGAAAGAAAUAGAAGAGUGAUGGAUGCCAUUUCUCGUUCACAGCUUUACUUGGAUGAUCUGUUUUCUGACUACUAUGACAAACCUUUCAGCAUGACUGAUGUUUCACUCAAGGAAGGGACUCAUAUCCGAGUUAACUUACUUAAUCACAACAUUCCUAAAGGGCCUUGCAUACUCUGUGGAAUGGGGAACUUCAAAAGGGAGACAGUCUAUGGUUGCUUUCAGUGUUCUGUAGAUGGACAGAAGUAUGUGAGACUUCACGCAGUCCCUUGUUUUGAUAUUUGGCACAAGAGAAUGAAAUAAAAAGAAAAAACCAGAAUAUGCCUCAUUGGUGUCUUAAGUGCAAUUGUGCCAUAAGCCUUCUCUAGUUUGCUUUGAUGGUAAGUUAAACCGAGAGAAGAGCUGGAAAACCUAUGUGGAUGUCACUUUCCUAACACAUAAAGUGGAUACCAUUUAUAACUUGUCAUGAUUAACAACAUUGUGUAUGUAAAAAAAUUCAAACCUAAAAUUCAGAAGAUAGUCAUUCCUUCAUAAUUUUGCCAGUUAAUUUAGAAUCAUUUUUGGGAUUUAGUCUAUGAUAAUAUUUUAUAUAAUUAAGAGAUUUUUCUAAAUAUCAAUUUUAUUUUCAGUCAAAUUUUAAUUCAACAUUUAAGGAUGACAAGAAUGCACCUAUGGCUACUUUAUGGUCCUUUAGUGCUCUAGGUCUGGUAAAAGGAGAAAAAUGUGUUAAUAAUUUAAUAUAAUUCUAAAUGUUUAAUUGCAGUAUCAAAUUAAAAACACUGAGCUCCGCAUGGGGUUUUGUGUACUUGGUUAACAGUGUGACUGAAAGUAGUAAUAGGUUGCCAUUCUGUGACGUACAUAUGCUAAUUUUGUCUUCAUAAAACUUGCUUAAUUUUUUUUGGCUUCAUAAACUCCUUUUAAUCUUUUUAAAAAAUCUUUUGUGGUUCUUGGGAUUAAACCACUGAACUAUGCCUAUUUUUUUAUUUUGAGAAAGGUUUUCCCUAAAUUGUCCAGGCUGGCCUUCAACUUGUGAUCCUUCUCCCUUAGCCUCCCCUAAGUAGCUGGCAUUACAGGUCUGUGGCACAAUACCUGGUUUCUAUUGUUAUUUUAAAAGUUAAGGCAAAUAGAACAUGUCUGUUUCUUCUUUGAAAAUGUUUCAGACAUUUAAUAUGUUUAGUUCUGAAAGGUCUUUUUGUUGUUGUUGAUUGCUUAGUCUGGCCUCGUGGGCUCAAGAUGAUCCUCUUGCCUUAGCCUCCCGAGAGCUUGGAUUACAGGCACAUGCCACCAUUCCUGGUUUACUUCCCUUUUCUGAGGGAAAUAAAAUGAUCAAAGAGUUAUAAUUAAGCAAGCCAAAAAGUGUUAGAAAAUUGAGUAUAGAAGCAAAAACAUACCAGAAAGAAUGAAGAUAGUAAAGUAUCUACGCAUACAUGAUAUUAAUGUGGUGGUUUCUGUAUUACCCCUGGACUUUUAAAUAGAAUCUCUGGCAUUGUAUCUAAUUAAAUUAAAAGGUAAGCAAUGGUUUAGAAAGAGCAAAUUUCAGAAAAUAGAAAAAGGUUCAAACUCACUUAUUUUGAGCAGAGCUAUGCACUGCCUGACCAUACUUCUCCAUAUAUGUAUGUUAUGUAGUAUGCAAAAUUUUACAUGCUUUAAUAAAUAUGUGCCCUUUCUUUGG